AUGAGAAUACAAUUUGAACAUUUAAAGCCAUACACUAAUGUUUGCCAACCAAAGUCAAGUGCUGAAAAGCCUGCUCACUUUUUUGUCGGAGACGAAGAUUGGGAUGCCGAGAAAUUUCCUGGUGCCCAAGACAACAUGUCGCCAAACCUCUUCAACGCAGAAGGACAAAUUCUCGCUCAAGAAGAAAUGCAGGUCGUUAUGUCGGGCGAUUCUGAUAUCCCCGUCAGCGACUGCCACCUCAAACUUAUCCCAAAGAAGGACGAGAAGAUCUUUGUCGCGUCGACGAACCUAACUACCGACAUGACCAGCUGUGGACACGAAUAUUUGGCGAUUAACGACAAUAAGAAAUGUGGUGGAAUGAAUAUGACCGAUCCCAACUUCUCAAUGACCAACUUUGAAAACGUCGAACUUGGAGAUGCUGGCGAAGUCGUCUUCUUUCACCUGAAAAAUGACAACCCUGUUGAUGGAUAUUUUAUGUUCAUCCUCACUACUCAAUAA